AUGUCGGGACAUAACACGAUGAAUGACACUGAAGCUGACAGAACGCAACUUGCGAAGAAAAUUAUAAGCGCAGCAUUUUACGCUUUAGCGUCUUUUAUGAUAACAGUGGUAAAUAAAACAGUAUUAACGACCUACGCAUUCCCGUCUUACCAAGUGCUGGGGUUGGGACAAAUGUUGGCAACUAUUUUAGUAUUGUGGUGUGGCCGAUAUAUGCAUGUUGUACAGUUUCCACCGCUAGACAGUGGAGUUGCAAGACGAAUCUGGCCCUUACCUCUUAUUUAUAUGGGAAAUAUGGCUACAGGACUCGGUGGUACUAAAGAACUGAGCCUACCUAUGUUUACUGCAUUACGGCGAUUUAGUAUAUUAAUGACUAUGAUUGGUGAACGAUUUGUACUUGGAGUAAGAGCAUCUUGGCCUGUACAAGCUAGUGUGUUGGCAAUGGUUGGUGGUGCACUACUAGCAGCUGCUGACGAUGUUACAUUUUCAUGGCCUGGCUACACUCUAGUUCUGUUAAAUGAUGCAUUUACAGCAGCCAAUGGAGUUUACAUGAAGAAAAAAUUAGAUUCUAAAGAGCUGGGCAAGUAUGGCCUUAUGUAUUACAAUGCUCUAUUUAUGAUUCUGCCAGCUGCAUUAUUAGCAUGGCGUACUGGUGACUUAGAACAUUCAGCAGCUUAUCCGCACUGGGGUGAUACACUUUUUCUGGUACAGUUCCUCAUGUCAUGUGUAAUGGGCUUUGUAUUAUCUUACAGUGUUAUGUUAUGUACUCAGUACAAUAGUGCUUUAACUACAACUAUUAUUGGUUGCCUUAAAAAUAUUUUUGUAACUUAUCUGGGAAUGAUGAUUGGUGGUGACUAUGUUUAUUCUUGGCUUAAUUUUGUUGGUUUGAAUAUUAGUGUCUUAGCUAGUUUACUUUACACAUAUGUUACUUUUAAGCGUAAGCCAACAAUUACUCAUUUAUCAUUAAAUGAGGCUAAUGCUAAAGUAGAUACGGUAUAG